AUGCAAACUGAGCAGCUCACACAAGUUCACCUCGGGGAUGAUCAUGGAGAGACCCGGCCUAUUUCGCAACAGAACUUCGAUGUGGCAUCCUUCUCUAGUGAGGAAGCUCGGUUCCAGGAAAAGCUCCUAAACCUAUGCCCUGCAAAUCUCUGGCCCAAGGCUUCGUACACGACAGGAUGUCCGCGACCUGUACUAGUGGGUCAAUAUCAUCAGCAGCAGCUGAAGGAUCUUCAUGAAGCCUUGACAGCGGCCAUCACGGAUGUUGUGCAACGCUGGUGUAGCGACAAAGAUGCACGGUUCCCAGAACGCAUGCCGCUCGAGGACAAAGAGGAGGAGCUCCUGCAAUGGAUCGAAGGCCAGGUCAUGAUCGGAAACCUACCGCAGUUCUCGCAGUGUCGGGGAUCAUGGCGUCCAGACUUUCUCGUGGAGGACAACGGCGAGCGCGAAGAGAACUAUUGCAUUACGGAAAUCAAUGCGCGUUUUUCCUUUAACGGAUUCAUGCACGAGGUUUAUGGCCAAGCGGCAACCAACGAGAGCCUAGAGAGCGCGGAGACGGUGCUUAUGCCCGCAACUGACCCGGACACUAUACUAGAAGGACUAUUCAACUUAUUCGAUCCCGAAUAUCCACUCCAUCUUUUAAAAGGUACCGAAAAGGGCAUCGACAUACACAUGUUCAUCAAUGCCGUCUGGCGUCGGUUCGGCGUAAAGCCACGGCUCAUCGCACUCGCUGAUCUCAGGCUAUUCCCAGAUGCACGUAGCAAAAGCGGGUUCCGGCUGUGCUGCGUCAUACACGAUCGCGAUGGCCAAGUCCUCCAUACUUGGAGAUUUGUAGCUCCGCACGGUGAGAUCUGCGAAGAGAUAUAUCAGGUUGGGCUUGAGUUACAUCAACGGGAACUCCUCGCUCUUGAGCCGGAAAUGUUACGGAUGUUGGGCAUUGUAAGACAGGAGAUCCCGCAGCUAGUGGCGCGAGGAGUAGUCACCGCAGUUCAAGCUGAAGCCUUACGUCUCGGCAUCGCGGAGACACUAAUUCCUGGUUCCAAGGAGUUGAAAGAUCUGCUGCAAGUAUCCCUUACUUCUCCCGGCUUGAGACACGGCUACAUCCUGAAGCCGAUCCGCAGUGGCAAAGGUAAUGGCAUCAUUUUCGGAGACGAUGUCACGGCACCCGAAUGGGCAUCUCUUCUUCAAGCUCUCACAUCGCCCGGUGAGAUUUCAGCGGGACUGUGCGUGGUACAGAGGCGUAUCACCCCGCAUAAGUAUGAUCUUGUGCUGCGUGCUUCAGAAGGAAUGGUUCGAUAUCCUCUGGUCGGCACGUAUCACGUUACGAACGGUGAGUUGCUCGGUCUUGGUACCUGGCGAGCGAGCGGAGGCCGAAUUGUUGCUGUAGCCUCUGGAGGAUCUUGGAUUUGUUCAGUCAUGAAAGGUGUGAGAGAUUUUCAGGAAGAAUGA